AUGAAGUACCUGCUUAGUGUGACCCUCCUGCUGGCCAUUGGCUUCCAACAGAUCGAUGCGCACGGCAUGAUGUUGAGUCCGCCGAGUCGAUCCUCGCGCUGGCGUUUCGAUGGCUCAGCGCCGCAGAAUUACAACGACAACGAGCUCUUCUGCGGUGGUUUAUAUACCCAGGCUAAUAAUGGGGGACAGUGUGGCCUGUGCGGCGACAACUUUUCGACUGGCCAGCCGCGUCCCAACGAGAUUGGCGGACAGAUUGGCGGCAGCGGCGUAAUCACCAAGAGCUUUACGGCCGCUAAUGCCAUUACCGUGGGCGUCAAGAUCACCACCAACCAUUUGGGACACUUUGAGUUCCAUUUGUGCAACUUGGAUACCUUUGGAGGCGAAUCUGAGGAUUGCUUCAAUCAGCAUCGCUUGCGUUUCCCCGAUGGCAGCGACAAACUUGAGAUUGGCACCCAGAGCGGCGAGUUCGAUGUGACUGUCCUGCUACCGGAGGGUCUUACCUGCCAGCACUGCGUCCUGCGUUGGACCUAUGUGGGCGCCAACAAUUGGGGUAUGUGUGACAAUGGCACCGGUGCCCUGGGCUGUGGUCCCCAGGAGACCUUCAAGAACUGCGCUGAUGUGAGCAUCUACUGGGGCCGCAACAUGCUCAAGGAGCUGGCGGCAGGCGCCGCUGCCAAGCCCGCUGUGCCAGAGGAGGUCGACUCCGUCGAGGCAUAA